AAUAUUCAACGAACGGUGACACAUGCGAAUUUGAAAUGAACAUUUAAAAUUGCAACCGUGUACAACAGCCUGAACAAUGUCCUUCCUCGACUUUGUUUUGCUCACCGGCUGUCAGUCAGUUUGACACUUUUUGUUUACAAACAUCUUGGCGAAAAGGCGCGCAUAGUCACUGGAUAAAUGUAUAAAAUGCAGUGCAAAUAAGCGAAAUUUUGGAAAAAAAUUGUGUAAAUAUCUAUAAAAGUGCUCCUUUUGUGUUUGUAACUGCGAAUGUUUAAAAAGUCAGCACUAGAUUGGUGGAGAGAGGAAGAGGCCCGUACCGGGCUGGUGACGUUCUGCAGAGAUCUCGACCUAGCGCUUGGCAGUGGCAUCCCGGAAGGAAUGAUCACCGAACUGUGUGGUCCGCCCGGCAGCGGCAAAACGCAACUCUGCUUACAGCUAGCGGUAAACGUGCAGAUACCACAGCAGCUCGGUGGCCUGCAGGGCCGGGCAGUCUACCUGGAUACUAAUUAUGGAUUUUCUCCGCAGCGCGUACAAGAAAUGGCCAAGGCAUGUCACAAUCACUGCGCAAACAUUGCGCUACUCCACAAGCUUAAUCCGGAGGAAACCCUGGCCGGAUUUUCGGAAGCGACCGCUCUGGACAACAUCCUGUACUCGCACGUGACGAACUGUACCCAAAUCCUAGAGGCAAUAGCCGUGCUGCAGAACCGUCUGUACGAUGGUGAAAAGAUUAAACUGAUCGUACUAGAUUCGCUAUCCUUUCUGAUCAGAAAUACAAUUACGCGUUCGAUGAAGCGUGUGAAGCGUGUCCACGAAAUACUUACCCUGCUGCAUAAGCUCGCACACCGUUUCGGCUGCGUGGUUAUUGUUACGAACGAUGUAACAACACGCAUUUCGGAUGUCGACGGCGGCGGCGGCGAACGGCCGGAUGUGCCGCAGAUAGUGCCCGCUCUCGGGGGCAGCCUUACGCACAAAGUAAACCAGCGCAUCUUUCUCGGCCGCGAUGAGAGCCAUUUCGAUGCACAAUCGCAAGCUCCGCCCAGCUACGUCGCUUCCAUUGAAAAGGGACACUUUCUUCCAAGCGUUACGGUAGCGUUUCGCAUCGAGCCAGCCGGCAUAAGAGGCAUCAAGCGGGAAGGUUAGAAGCGUAU